AUGGCGGCAGCAGUUUAUGCAGAUCUAGGUGGUAUCUCUUUUUCAUCUUGGUUAUUGAAAUUGGGUGAAGGUUCUCUAUCGAAUGCAAUUCUCAAUCAGCGGGCUGCUCCAAUAGCACCGGAGGAUCUCAUCGAAAUACCCUCCCGAUUCCAUGUUGCUUCUGUAGAUGAUUUAAUAGAUUUUGUUUAUGGAGGUGAUUUUACAGCUAAAGAAAACGGUACUAAGGCGAUUCUUUGUCCAACAAAUGCAGCAGUCGACAUCAUCAACGAAAUAAUCCUUCAACGGAUAGCUGAUACAGAAUCGAGGACAUAUCUGAGCGAGGACGUAUAUCUAGGACAGGAGGAUGACGAUUUUUUGGCCCCCCUUGAUCUUUUGAAUUCCAUCAAUGCUCCUUCUCUACCCCCUCAUGAAUUAGUUCUAAAACGUGGAGCAAUUGUUAUGUUGCUUCGAAAUUUGGAUGUGGAUGAAGGCGAAUGUAAUGGUUCACGAUUGAGGAUUAUUCGAUUAGGUCAUCAUAUCACGGACAAGAGGCUAUUCUACCGAUUCUGA